AUGCACGCCUUAGCUACCGCAACCUUCCUCGCCAGCGCUCUCAGCGGCGUCGGUGCAAGCCCCGUAUCCAAGAACACCCGACGUGAUGUCCUCGUGGCUCUGCCUGGGGGCGCUCACGAGAUCGAUCUCAAGUUCCAGCCCUGGAUGGACUUUGAUACCGAUAGCUGCUACAACACGGCUGCCAUCGACCCUGAUGGAGACACCAACCCGGGCCUCGACCACCCCGUCUUCAAGAAUCCCGAGGAUGACUGCCGUGAGAGCAGCCGCCUGAAGAACGCCAACGUCUACAGCCGAUCUCGAUGCAACCACGGGUGGUACGAGUACUACUUUGAGAAAGACCAAGUUGUCUGGGGCUCUCUUGCGGGCGGCCACACUCACGACUGGGAAAACGUCAUCGUCUUUGCCAAGGGAGACGAGGUCAAGAAGGUCGCCCCGUCCUGCCACGGAGGAUACGGCGGUUCUACCGACUCUCCUCGUCUGGGAGGUGACACCCAUCCCAAGGUUGUAUACCACAAGGAUGGAGGUAGCACUCAUUGCAUGCGCAUGGCCAACGAGGGCGACGACGAUGUCGAGAAUUACACUGAGGACUGGGUCACCUCUCCUCUCGUCGGCUGGGGUUGGUGGCCUACUACUGACAACGGUCGUGCCUACAGGGACUUGGUUUAUGGCAAAUGGCCCAAUGAUGCCACGGCUGCCCCCAAGUUCUGGGACGCUGAUGACAUGUACACCAACACGCUCCGGAAGGCUGCUGGCGACUGCUGCGAAGAUUUUGACCCCUCUUAUGACGAUAGUGAAUAG